UGAGCGUGCUGUCAUCAUCCUGAUGGGCUUGUGAAGACGAACAUGGAGAAGCUGACCUUCUACGCCCUGUCGGCUCCGGAGAAGCUGGACCGCAUUGGUGCAUACCUCUCGGAGAGGCUGAUCCGAGACGUCAGCAGGCACCGCUAUGGGUAUGUGUGCAUUGCUAUGGAGGCGCUGGACCAGUUGCUGAUGGCCUGCCACUGCCAGAGCAUCAACCUCUUUGUGGAGAGCUUCCUCAAGAUGGUAGCCAAGCUGCUGGAGUCGGAGAAGCCCAACCUGCAGAUCCUGGGGACCAACUCGUUCGUGAAGUUUGCGAACAUCGAGGAGGACACCCCCUCCUACCACCGGAGCUAUGACUUCUUCGUGUCCCGCUUCAGUGAGAUGUGCCACUCCAGCCAUGACGACCCGGAGAUCAGAACCAAGAUCCGGAUGUCCGGGAUCAAGGGGCUGCAGGGGGUGGUGAGGAAGACUGUUAAUGAUGAGCUCCAAGCCAACAUCUGGGACCCGCAGCACAUGGACAAGAUCGUGCCUUCGUUGCUUUUCAACCUGCAGCACGCCGAGGAGGCCGAGAGCCGUUCCCCAUCGCCUCUGCAAGCCACGGAGAAGGAGAAGGAGAGUCCCGCGGAGCUGGCGGAGAGGUGCCUGCGGGAGCUGCUGGGGCGGGCAGCUUACGGCAACAUCAAGAAUGCGAUCAAACCGGUUCUCAUCCACCUGGACAACCACUCACUUUGGGAGCCCAAGAUCUUUGCCGUUCGCUGCUUUAAGAUCAUAAUGUACUCUAUCCAGCCUCAGCACUCCCACCUUGUGAUCCAGCAGCUCCUGGGACAUCUGGAUGCCAACAGCAAGAGCGCGGCCACUGUGCGCGCGGGGAUUGUGGAGGUCCUCUCGGAGGCAGCCGUCAUUGCAGCUUCCGGAUCCGUGGGACCGACAGUGCUGGAGGUCUUCAACACCCUGCUGAGGCAGCUCCGGCUGAGCAUCGACUACGAGCUGACGGGCAGCUAUGACUGUGCCAUCAGCAUCGGGACCAAGAUCAUCAAGGAGCACGAGGAGAGGAUGUUCCAGGAGGCCGUCAUCAAGACCAUUGGUACCUUUGCCAGCACCCUGCCCACCUACCAGCGGUCCGAGGUCAUGCUCUUCAUCAUGAGCAAGGUCCCGCUGCCUUCUCUGCAUCACGCCCUGGACACCGGGAAAGCUGGGGGAUGGGGUGAGAGGACGGAUGACGGGCACACGGCAUGCACUCCCGGGACCAAAGGUGGAUGUGCCUGGCUUUUGCUUAACUCAGAGAGGCAGAAUUUAGCUUGCACCAUGCCCUGGAGAGAGACCGGUAUUGUGGGUUGCAAUAAGCCCGUUUCGGCUACCAAGGGAGCAGCCUCUGUCUGGAGAGGAGAGAACAGGAACCGCCUGACUCAGAUAAUGCUGCUGAAAUCCCUCCUUCAGGUCUCCAUAGGUUUCCAGUGCACCAACAUGCUCACGGCCCUUCCCAGCUCCUUCCUGGACAGGCUGCUCUCGCCGGCCCUGAUGGAAGACCCUGAGAUCCGUCUGUUUGUCCUCGAGAUCUUGAUCAGCUUCAUCGAUCGCCAAGGGAACAGGCACAAGUUUUCCACCGUCAGCACCAUCAGCGAUAUCUCAGUCCUGAAGCUGAAAGUGGACAAGUGCUCUCGGCAGGAUACCGUGUUCAUGAAGAAGCAUGCCCAGCAGCUGUACCGUCACAUCUACUUGACCUGCAAGGAGGAGGGCAACCUGCAGUCGCACUACGAGGCUCUCUACAGCAUGCUGGCACUCAUCAGCAUUGAGCUGGCCAACGAGGAGGUGGUGGUGGACCUCAUCCGCCUGGUGCUGGCCGUGCAGGAGGUCGCCCAGAUCAAUGAAGACAAUCUGCCCGUGUACAACCGCUGCGCCCUAUACGCCCUCUGCGCUGCCUAUUUGAACCUCAUCAGCCAGCUCACCACCGUGCCGGCCUUCUGCCAGCACAUCCAUGAGGUCAUCGAUAUGAGGCAGAAGGAGGCCAUGUACCUGCUGCCAGAGGACAUUUUUGUGGAGAGGCCCAGGCUGACGAGAAGCCUGGACCGCCUGGGGCCUGAGGUCCUCUUCCGGCAGAGCAAGAUCAGCGAGGUGCUGGGGGGCAGCGGCUACAACUCUGACAGGCUCAGCACACCCUACAUCCCCCAGCUGACAGAUGAAGAUCGCUUGUCUAAGAGGAAGAGCAUCGGGGAGACCAUUUCCCUGCAGGUGGAAGUGGAGUCGAGAAACAGCCCUGAGAAGGAGGAGAGAGCACCCGCGGAGGAGAUCACAUAUGAAACACUGAAGAAAGCCAUUGUAGACAGCGUGGCGGUGGAGGAGCAGGAGCGCGAACGCCGGCGGCAGGUGGUGGAGAAGUUCCAGAAGGCUCCCUUCGAAGAGAUCGCGGCCCAUUGCGGCGCCCGGGCGACGCUGCUACAGAGCAAGCUGAACCAGAUCUUCGAGAUCACUAUCCGACCCCCUCCCAGCCCCUCGGGCACCAUCACCGCUGCUUACGGCCAGCCCCAGAACCACUCCAUCCCUGUGUACGAGAUGAAGUUCCCAGACCUGUGCGUGUACUGAGAGGCGGAGCAGGUGCCGAGGGAAGGCCAGACCCCAGUUCGGACGGAGCCGGGAAGGGUGAGAGGAGGCGCCUUCUGCAUGGACGAAAAUGGAGAGGAAGCCGAUGACCAUCGUAAGAGCUCCGUUCUUCGGAGAACUUUGCAACCCAUCUUCCCUCUUGCAGAGCCACAUGGACGGAGAAUGCCCCCAGGACUCUUCAGUAACCUCAGUCACUUGAAUGUCCUGUACGCGGCGGCUUGCUUUCUUCUUAUCCAGCUGACGAUGCAGGAGACUCGAGUGGUUCCCCACAGCAGCUUCACGGGUUCAGGGACCAGGGACCAUGCGGGGCGGGUGGAUGUUUUUGGCAGAAGCAGGUCAAGAGGUUUCUUUAUCUAGCUGGGGAGCAGGGGGUUAGAUGUUCCUACUCCAAAAAGGAUGCAGUUGGCACGCUGACCUCCGCUACGCCACGCCAGCCGGGAUGUCACAGCCACCUGCCCGGGGUCAGGCUGGAGGGAGGUCUUAGCAAGGUGCUUUUGGUGGAAGCUCGAGGUUUGAUAGCCAGAAAGGGACUUGUCACCCCCUAGCACGACAUCCUGCCUAGCGCCGGUGUAGCUGGAGCCAAAUGUGCAUGGCCCCAAGAGUGCAAAGGUGCAUCGCGGUUACCUUUCAAUGGCACAGAGCGGUGUGUAACCUCCAAGCGAGCGGCAGGCCCGCCCGGGGAGAGCCGACGAGGCGUCUUGGUUCACUGCAAGGGAUUUUUGUGCCCCAGGUUCCUGCUCUGUGGAUGUGUGUUGGCGUUUGCAGUGACGAUGAGACAGGAGUUGUGAUCCACAGAUGGGAUCCCGCAGGGCAGAUCCCUCUUCCACGGUAGUGUCUUCCUGCAAGUUGUCAAGCAAAAUGGCAAUGGAUCCCCAUGGCUCGUUGUAUGGGGCAAGUGGAAGGAACCCGAACAGCUCUGCUGUGUCUCAUGAGAUCUAUACUGCUAGAAGCUAAGGGCGAUUCUCCACAAUCAGCAAAAUCCUUCCAGUAAAGGAGCAGAAACACCCUUGUUUAGAUCAUUCUCAACUCGACCCCCUCCAUGUUACAGUCAGUAACAGAGGAGGGGGCUUGAGGGGUCUGUAGCCCCCCCACUGCAGUCUCCAAUAGACUGUGGAUUAAGCCUCUGGUCCUCGAUCUAGUGUGGAUCUCAUGAAGAUGCAGCCCUUAAAAAUCUUCCCCCUUAGGUAUACACAGAAGAAAACGCCCUUAAGGGCGACUUGCAAAGCACAUAGAAAAACUGGUUUCAUGCCUUGACAUCCGGUAUUUUGCUUUGUUUUGCAAAGGGCUUGGAAGGAUGAUUAUUUUCUUUCAUUUACUUUGUUAAAAUCAAAAUUUUCUUUCCAGUCUUUGUGGGGGGAGUCUCUUUGGAGGACCAGAAGUGGAAGGGACUGGAGCUUUUUCAUACCUUAAUUGAAAGGGAGAUGGUAGCAAAGUUUUGCCAGUAAAAGCCUUUCUCCCAAGUGAGAGCCUUUUGCCUCUCCCUCCGGGGAGGCGAAACAUUUAAAGAACAGAUUCAUGUUUUCUUGUGAAAAAACACAAGACAAAAUGUUCCUCCUCUGGAAAUACCCUUGGGAAAUCAUCAUGGCUCAUUUUGAAGAGGAGACUGUUGUAUUUCUCUCCCGCUUCCCCCCCUCUUUGCAGGUCACUUUUAGCUCUAGGGCUGGACAUUUUAAACCCUUGCACGGCUGCCGGUUAAGCGCGUGGUUAGCUUGCUAGUUGCCAAGCCCAGACCACACCGCUUCUCUCUUUGCAGCUUAUUACAAUUCCCUGAGCGGCGGAGGGAAUUUAGACACCCGUUGGAGUGGCGACUUCUUUCUUUUCGCUGCAUUAUAGAGGCCAGAAGGUCUGCGAAUGAGGGUUUGUUUCUAUUGGUGAAGGUUUUUCUUUUGCCUUAGCGGCGUCGGUAAUGCCGUGUCUGAUCUGUUUGCUUUUCCCGGAGGGCUUCAGGUGUGGAUUUGGGGAUUCUCCCACCCCCUAAUUGGAUGGCUGGGAGGGGAAUUGAAUUAGACCGGCCUCUUGUGAGCUAAGAUUGAGCGUAGGAAGUAUCUGAAAUGCUGAACUAAAGAGUCUGGGAUGGAGGAUGCUUGCCUGUAGUAUCUGGGGGGCAUCCAAACCCCAAGACAUCCGGGCUUGGGCCUGCAUGUAGGAUGCCUGCCAAGGGAUUUGGGAGCAUCUGAAAUCCCAGGGUGAGAGCCUAGGAUGGAGGAUGCUUGUCUGUUGUAGAGCCAGACAUGGUGUUUAGAACGAUUGUGUUCAGUCGAUACGGUUUUUGGAGCAAUUGAGUUCUGCUCAGUCGACAUGAUUUGGCUAAUAUGACCUGGAACAUAAAAUAUAUUAUUAAAAAAAAAAAAAAAAAGGCCUUUCACCAAGAGCUCCUUUUUCCCAGAAAACACCAGGUGUUUUCUAGGCAUUGCAAUGAAAUAGCGAACAGCAACUUGGACGGAUCUGGUUUGUCUCUGCCCCGUGCCUUGCGCCGCCAUUUGUUCCUGUGCAAAAAAGGGUCUCAAACGUUCCCAGAAUGGAGAAGUCUCAUCUGAGGUUGCGUUUGCUUCCGCGUGGCAGGAUCAUAGCGGACAAGGCCCGUUGCAGGACAAAUGGACAGUCAAAUCCAAAGCACUUUAACAAGGUGCUGCCAAGCUGCAAUCUGCCGGCUUGGGAAUAUGAACUAAAGGAUGUUUCGGACCCGGUGGCUGCACAGACACGAGACGGUCCCCGCAUGGUUGUUCCUGCACAGUCACUUAAUACUUGCACACACAAAUACUAAAUGACUGUGCGGUAACCAGUAGUGUCCCCAAAUACCUCCUUGGUGAUGCUGAUUGCGCGGUAGCUAGUUACAACUGCGCAGGAGCGUCACAUCGCUCUUCGGGUCCAGCCGGGGUGGGGUGGAGGGAGAUGAGCUGAAGCAGUGUGGUGUGAUAAGAGUAGCCACCAGAUGAAGGGCAGCUGAAGGAGGCACGUGGCCAGCUGCAAGGGGCUGGCAUCUCCUGUCCUGUCCAGGAGUGGAGGCUCAGGGCCCCACUGUGUUCCCCCAGGCCUGGAUGGCUGGGGUGUGGGGCAGUGCGGGCUGGAGAGAAGUCAUCGCCCAGCCCUGCCUGGUCAUCCUGGUUGUUAAUUGAGGCCCUGAUAGCACUUUGGAUUGAUCAUAGUCAUCUUUCACAGACCCCGUAGACAUAGUCUUCAGACCCCCAGGGCUCCACGGACCACAGGUUGAAAACCGCUGCCCUUGCAAACCCCAGCUGCCAUGGGUGCAGGAGUCGACCACUGCUGAUCCUGUCCCCUGCCUCUUUGCUCAGCUCAUGGAGAGGGGGCAGCAACAAGACACCGUGCAGAAUCCUCCUGGCCCCCCAAACCUGAGACCUCCUGACCCCUCCAACCCCCAACCUCCCAGCCAGUCCCUCGAUGCCUCCUCCAUCAUGUACCCUAUGGACCAUCGAAGCCCUGGCUCGGUUUGGCAGCUCACAAAGGGGUGUGCAAAACAGGCGAGCGAUUGUUGAGGGAGCAGUAGUAACCCCCGAAUCGGGACUACCCCAUAUCAGUGCACUGGGAACACUGACAGGUGGUUAAACAGGCAGCGCCCGUAACCCUCAGCCCCAGUGCUGCUACCUGGCACUCGUACCGAUUUUAUUAUACCCAAGGAAAGGCCGCUGUCUACGAGAGCUCCAGAAUAAAGGGAGGGAAGAAGCUAGAGGAACAAGUUGGGUCUAUAUUGCUGGUUACGUUUGAUGGGAACCGAGAAACAGGUCAUCUGAGAGGGGUCUUCUGUUAUUGGUUGGGUGGGGGGGGGUGUAUUUUCAUUUUUUUUAGUUAUUUUUAGUCUAACAAUUUUUCAAGUAUUUUUUUAAAGCUAGAACAGUUCAAAGCAAAAUAAAACAAAUCCCCAAGAUUUUUCCUGGCAAGUUUGGAAGAUUUCUGCCCCCUCUCCCCCAUUUGCUCUCUUUUUUCUGUUUUCAACUCUUUCUCCUCCUCCUUUUCCUAUUUGAAAAGUGUUCAAGGAAAGUUAAAAAAAUAUAAAUAAAUAAAAUAUGAGAGGGAAAAGUACUUUCACUCAUUAAAGUGAACAUUUUCACUCCUUGUUGACCUACUUUCUCUUGCCUGAAAAGAGAAACGCAGAACAGCACUUAGGCAUUUUUCAGGAUGAGGGCGGAAAGCAUGGACAUUUUCCUCAAAUAAAUGAGGACCUAGGAGCUGCAAAUCAAAAUUACGCAAUGAAAAUUUCUUUUUUUUUUUUAAUGGAUUGAAAAUAAACUUUUUUUUUUUUUUUUUAAUUAAAGCUAUGGAAUUA